AUGUCACGUCUCCUCCUGGUGGCGGCAAUGUGGAUGUCCGUCGCGAAUAGUGCGACGGUAACAGUGACUACCUCCGUCACACCAGAACCACUGCUCGGUAAACUGAAGAAAAGCAUCACGAACGACAUCGCCACUAUCGCAGAACCUAUAGAAAAGGCUCUGUUUGCUAUAGGCUUUAGCCAGUGUAGUGAAGUGAAGAAGCUGUUGGGAGUGGACUAUGACACCUUUAAUAGAAUGGAGCCGGACCUGAACGGACUGAGUUUGCUCUUCAUUACCAGAACAGUGGACAUUACGUACAAGUUGAGAGAUGCGGCGCGCCUCAUCCCGCAGUCGGAGUGGUUUGACCCCAGCAAGCCAUUGAAGAUCUACCUCCACGGCUUCAUUGACGACCCAUCACAGGACAGCUUCACCAUGCUCAGUAAAGCGUUCCUGAAGGCAGGUGACGUGAAUAUCCUAGCGCUGGACGCGAGCUCCCUGCUGAGCUGGCAGUACCUGCGCGCCACCACCAUGGUGCAGUUCAUAGGGGAACAGCUCGGGAAACUACUGGCUUCACUCGUUAAAGCGGGACUCAAUCGCUCCAACAUCCAUUUAAUCGGGCACAGUCUUGGGAGCCAUAUAUCCGGGUUCGCGGGCAAGACGUUUAAGACACUCACGAAACAUCGAGUCGGCCGGAUAACCGGGUUAGACCCGGCUGGGCCGUGCUUCUCUGGCGUGGACGUGUCGUCGAGGCUCAACAGGAAAGACGCUCGGUUCGUUGACGUCAUACACACUGAUGCUGGAGUGUAUGGGAUUGCUGAGGCAGUAGGUCACGUAGACUAUUUCCCGAACGGCGGUUCCAAGCAGCCGAACUGCCCUCCGACGCACAUCCUGGACUCCUGCAGCCACAGCCGUGCCUGGCUGCUCUUUGCGGAGUCUGUAACCAACCCAGACGCCUUCAUCGCAGUCGCCUGUCCAAACUGGGACGAUUUUCAAAAUCAACGGUGUAACUAUAGUAAUUUGAGCCCAAUGGGUCUACCCAGCCGUCCAGGGACGCGAGGGACCUACUACCUGAGUACAGCGGACGCGCCUCCUUACGGACUCGGCAACGAUGGCACCAGGUCUGUCAAGAGCGAAGGUGUCUUGCGAUUCUUCAUGGACGUGUUUUCGAUAUUCACAAAAAACUCUGAUACAGCGUCCCAGUCAUAG